UCCACCUUCACCAUUACGUCCCAAAGCAAAACGGACUUUUUAGCGCUUGCCUCUCGGACUCUGCAGAGGAAGAGAAUCGUCGCCGCGGUGAUUGGCAUCGUCAUGGUUCUGGCUCUCAUCAUCGCGAUCCCCCUGCUGGUCCAAACUUCCAAGACCGACGCGCACUACGAGAUGAUGGGCACCUGCCGGAUGAUCUGUGACCCGUACAACCCCAAACCGAGCGCCACGGCUCUGGAGGUCAUGCAGGACCUGAGCGCCAUCCCCUCGCCGAGCUUUGUGCAAGGGACUAAAGGCGAGCCGGGUCGGCCGGGGAAACCCGGGCCGAGGGGGCCGCCAGGCGAACCGGGACCACCCGGUCCGAGAGGUCCGCCAGGAGACAGAGGGGAUGCUGGGAGGGCUGGGUAUCCCAGUGUCGUGGGCACUGCGCGAACUGAGACCGGAGCGGAGCUGGGCUCAGCUAUCGGCGGGGCAAAGAUCGCGUUUUAUGUGGGUCUGAAAAACCCGCACGAGGGAUACGAAGUGCUGAGGUUCGACGAUGUCGUCACGAACCUCGGGAACCACUACGACCCGACCACCGGCAAGUUCACGUGCCAAGUGUCCGGGAUUUACUACUUCACCUACCAUGUGCUGAUGCGCGGAGGAGACGGGACCAGCAUGUGGGCCGACCUCUGCAAGAACGGACAGGUCCGAGCCAGCGCCAUUGCGCAGGACGCAGACCAGAACUACGACUACGCCAGCAACAGCGUCGUCCUGCACCUGGACUCCGGGGACGAGAUUUACGUCAAACUGGACGGCGGGAAAGCGCACGGCGGGAACAACAACAAGUACAGCACGUUUUCCGGUUUCCUUUUGUACCCGGACUAAACACGGAUAACCUCUCGACCUCAUCAACACGACCAGAGGAAGACGUCAUCAUCGUCAUCACCGUCAUCACCACGAGUCUCACGCUCAGUCUCAAAGCUUCACGUCUCUGAUAGUACAUGGAUUAUUUAUUUCUUGGGGACAAAGAUAAUUCCACUUGUUUCAGUAGUUUUACAUGUUUUGCAAAACGCACAUUUCUCUGCGCCGCGGUGCGUUCACGGACCCUCCUGCACGGUUUGGAAACAAGCGAAAACAUUCUGACAGCACAUGAAAUAAUCGUUCAGUCAUUUCCUCCUGAUGAACUGCCUUCACGAUGGAUCGAGUCGAUAUUUGCAGAUGUAGUUUCUCGUUGUGCGUUCUGUUCUGUCGCAGGGUGACUGAACUCUGGUGGCCUUGAAGAUCACCCUGCACACAGACGACUCUGCUGUGAUGCUAUUUUAUGCUUGAAAGUGUCUCACAAAGAUAUAUAUAAUAUAUAUAAAGUCUAUACAUAUGUAUGCACUCCUGUACAAAUUUAUUCGAAGAGAAGUGAGUGAACCCUAUAAGCUGUCGGCUAACUGUCCAUCCAGUGUGCAAAAAUGUUUCUAUGUCUUCGUA